UAUCGUCGUCGUCGUCGUUAUCAUUACCAUGCUCUAAAGUUUAUAUAUCAGUAGUCUCAUUGCUUACCCUGUCAAACUAGGACUAUUCUAGUUACGCCUGAAUCUUAUCGUCUACAUCUCCAUGGAGUUACUUCAGUUUUUCUGGUGAAAAUUUGAUAAAAUUAAAAUUUUAGAUUACAAUCCAGUCAUUAUUCUGUCAACAACAACAACAUGAUGGAUCCUAAAUCCUUAUUACUGGCUGCUGCCACAGGAUGUGCAAGUGCUGUUGGUUAUUACUCUUGGCAAAAAGCCAUUAAACCUCUUGCAAAGAAUACUUAUUUUGAUUUGAAACAGAUAGCUAUGGGAAUGAAAGUAUUCAAACAGAGUCAAGAGGUAUUGGUUUCUAAAGAUAACAUGAUUUCUAUCUUUGAUAAAUCCCUAUCAUUAUACCCUAAUAAAACAAUGCUUAUCUUUGAGGGGCAACAUUAUACAUAUGAUUACAUAAACAAAAUGGCUUCAAGAGUAGGAAACUAUAUGUUGUCUUGUGGUAUGAAACAAGGAGAUGUUGUGGCAAUCUACCUUACCAAUUCUCCACAGUUUAUUUGGACCAUUUUGGGUCUUAUAAGAGUUGGCUUGAUACCUUCAUUAUUGAACUUUAAUGUUCAGGGCAAGGGUUUGGUUCAUUGCAUCAAAGUCUGUGAACCUGUUUGCAUCAUUGCUGAUAGUGAUCCUAAUAUGCAACGGAACUUACAACAUGUCUAUCCUGAAUUGAACAAUAUUCCAGUUUAUAUAAUUCAAUCAUAUGAAAUGUUUUAUCCUCCACUUGAAAUUUCUUGGAUUGAUUUUGAUGAAAUUUUGGCUACAUCUUCUGACGCUCCAAUUAACCCCGAAAUAGCUAAUUCGAUUGGUUCUUUAAAAUGUGCCAUGUAUAUUUACACUUCUGGAACAACAGGACUGCCCAAGCCAUGUGUUCUUACACAUGUGAAAUGUCUCAUGGUUUGUAUAAUAGCUGACUUACUACAGAUCACUCAACAUGAUAUCAUCUAUAACACGCUGCCCUUCUACCACACAUCUGGGCUUUUUCUUGGAAUGUUUUUGAAUAUUCAUGUUGGUGCAACUACUGUAGUGAAAAGAAAAUUCUCUGCAUCUACAUUCUGGGAAGAUAUCAAGAAAUACAAUGUCACUGGUGUAAUUUAUAUUGGUGAAUUAUGUCGUUUUGUAUUGGCUCAGCACAACAGGAAUAAGAAGAUUUCUCAUAAGGUGAGAUUGAUGUAUGGAAAUGGUCUUGGUAUAGAUAUUUGGGAAACAUUCCAGAAAACAUUCCGUAUUCCUCACAUUUAUGAAUUAUAUGGUGCUACUGAAGGAAAUUGUUUUCUGAUAAAUUUUUAUAACAGAUGUGGUGCAAUUGGUCGCUUGAGUCCAUUACUUAACAGGUUGAACCCUGCGAAAAUGUUCCUGGUUAGGUACGACCUUGAUACUUGUCAGCCUUUGAGAAAUUCUGAAGGUCGAUGCAUACCAGUAGAAAUUGGUGAGGCUGGCCUCUUACUGGGAAAAGUGUUGCCAGAACAUGACCUGCCACUGUAUAAAGGUGCAAAAGAAAUGUCUGAUGCCAAAUUUGUGUACAAUGUUAUGGAGGAAGGUGACAAAUACUUCAACACUGGUGAUCUUCUGUAUUCAGACAAUGACUACUUUCUUUACUUCAAAGACCGCAUUGGUGACACUUUUAGAUGGAAAGGAGAGAAUAUUUCUACAUUAGAUGUUGCUAAUGUUAUUAGAAUCCUGGAUUUCAUAGAAGAUGCUAAUGUAUAUGGUGUUAAAGUUCCAGGUCAUGGUGGCAGAGCUGGUAUGGCAUCUCUAAAAUUAUAUGAUGGAGUAAAUCUGACUAACGAGCAGUUUAGAAAGCUAUAUGAUUGUUGUAAGAAGAACCUUAUAUCUCAUGCAGUACCACUAUUUUUGCGAAUACAAGACAAUAUGGAACUAUCUGGAACAUUCAAGCAGCAGAAGAAAAAGCUCCAAGAAGAGGGUUUUGAUCCUAGUGUUAUCAGCGAUUCAUUAUACUAUAUUGAUCGUUCCAUGCAGACUUACUUACCUUUGACAGAAAAUAUGUUUAAGAAUAUUAAUUUUAAGAAAAGUAAAUUGUAGUGUAUUUUAUCAUGCUAAUUGUUACCUGUGAAUUGUAAGCCUGUGGUUGUAAGCUGUAAUUGUUAGUUACCCAUGAUCAAAUGCAAUAUUAAAGAAAAAAUGUAGGGGUUCUGUUGAAGUAUGGAUGACCAAUUUUGAUGAUGUGGAGUUACAUGUGGUAAAAUGGUUUGAUAACAGUGGUGUUACUCUCCAUUGUUAAUACAUGAAGCCGUCAAUUCUAUUCUUGAAGCCUCUAGAUUUGAAAGAAAACAAAAGUCUUGGGUAACCAUCCCAUGCCUUUCAAUUGUUAACACAUAGAAUAAACGUCAAACAUGUCAAUUCUUCUAGAUGGUAUAGAUCACUGGCUCCUGUACAUGGAAGGCGGCAAGAAGAGCAGAUGCAAGAGUCAGGUAGUGAGUCCAUUAGAAGGGUUAUCUGUGGUAAACAUAAUGUUAAGCUUUGCUUUACCACAAAAUCAAACUGUUUCAAGUACUUUCACAUUGAAUAAAAACAGUUUUUGUUUUUCCAUAUACCAAGUAGAUACUUUUUAUUGCUAAUCUUGUGUUUUUAGAUAGCCUUGAUGUGAUAAUAAAUUACAUUUCAAGUAUCUAUUUACAUGUCUUCAUUUACCGUUGUUGUAUACUGUUGCUUUAAAUUAACAAAGCCUAAAAUGCUUGAAUAGUUACUUACAUACAAAUUGGCAAUGAUUCACUUUUCAGUUAUGGAUUUUGAUUGUCUUAAUGUAAAAAUAAUUUUUUUUUGUAUCUGUCUUUAACAAUUCAUACAAUAUAGAGCUAAUUUCUGAGAAUAUAUUUUUUGAUAUUUUAUACAUCAUCUCUUUUUAUAUGGAUAUAUAUACAUACAUACAUGAAUGUAAAACAUUUCUAUUUUUGAUUAUUUCUAACAAUGAAAUAUUGUUAAAGAGUUAUUGGGAAUAUGUUUAUAUUGAAUAAAAAUUAAUUUAAAAUCC